ACUCACUCACUCACUCACUCACUCACUCACUCACCGUUGCUGUCGAACAAUCAAAGUAACAGAGAAGAAGAUGAAUAAAGCUCUGGUCCUGCUGGCUGCUCUGACGCUCUGCUGCUGCAUCACUGCUCUGAACGCCUCCAGAUAUGGAUGCCGCUGCAAACUUCCCUCUCUCGUCUCUCCUCCCGUCCACCCGAGCGUCGUGUCCAGCGUCAUGGUGACACCGCCGUCCGGACGGUGUCGCAAGGUCGAGAGAAUCAUCUACAGGAAGAACGGCACCAAGGUUUGCGUCAGCCCCGACGCCAAGUGGUUCCCAGAACUCCUCAAGUCGUUCGACGAGAACAAAGAGAUCUUCAACUCGACGAGUUUCUCAUCCACUGUCUCCACAACAACCGUCUGAUCUCAUCACGUAGCAGAAAAACCCUUGAAUUCAUUGAGCUGAAGGUUAACUGUUAAACUCUUACAUCAGUAAAUCGUUGAGGAACUUGUUGAAAACAUCGGUGCUAUGGUAAAUAAAAACUGUGAAUGUUAAUCUAAAUAUCUGUAAUGUGAAACGUAAACAGAAUGGAUCGUUUUAAUCCAGAAACGUUGAUUAAUGCUGUAUUUGUUGGUGCAAUAAACCCUGUUUUAAUGGAAAAUAAUAAUAAAGAUGAAAACAA